AUGGUGCUGAUCGACAAGCAUGAGUAUCUCACCGAGGAGGAGAAGCGUUUAAAGGAAGAUCGUGAACGCACUCAUUACUGGAAACGAUGGGGUCCCUAUGUUGCUGAACGACAAUGGGCAACCGUCCGAGAGGAUUAUUCCGAUAAUGGUGAUGCAUGGAGUUACUUCUCCCAUGAUCAUGCCCGGUCGCGAACUUUCCGCUGGGGAGAGGAUGGCAUUGCCGGUGUCUCCGAUACCCACGGAAUUCAGAACAUUGCAUUUUCCUUCUGGAAUGAGAAAGAUGAAUUUCUCAAAGAGCGCCUGUUCGGUCUGUCAAACCCAGAAGGAAAUCAUGGCGAAAGUAUUAAGGAGGCCCAUUUCCACGUUGAUAAUACUCCCACUCAUUCAUACAUGAAAUUUCUCUACAAAUACCCCCAAUGCAAAUUUCCAUACGAGGAACUAGUCGAAGAAAAUGCUAAGCGAUCGCGCUUGGAGCGAGAAUACCAGAUUCUUGACACUGACGCUUUCAAAGACAACCGCUACUGGGAUAUCUUCAUUGAAACUGCCAAGGAAGGGGAUGACGAAGAAGAGCUGCUAUUCCGAGUUAUCGCAUACAACCGAGGUCCCGACCCUGCUCCCCUACACAUCGUUCCUCAAGUCUGGUUCCGAAACACAUGGGCCUGGGGUUAUGAGAAGGAAGGCACCCCUAAGCCGAGCAUCAAGGAGGAAGGCCCCCGAAUUGCCAAGUCUAAACACCACAAGUUGGGAGACCGCUUUGCUUGCUUUGCACCAUCCCCUCCUGUGGGCUCCAGCGAUGAGGAUAUCCAACCUGAGUUGAUGUUCACUGAGAACGAGACUAACAACGAAAAGCUCUGGAAGACCAAGAAUGAUCAGCCAUAUGUGAAGGAUGCUUUCCACCGAUACAUUGUCGACGACGAGAAAGAUGCCGUCAAUCCUGCCAAGGAGGGAACAAAGCUCGCAGCCUGGUACGCCUUUGACAACGGCGACGAGGUUCCACCAGGAGAGUGUGCGGUUGUUCGAUUCCGCUUCUCCCGGAAGAAGAUCGAGUUCGUGGACGAGGAGCAACUCGACGACGUGAUCGAAGCGCGUCGUGCCGAGGCCGAUGACUUCUACAGUCGCAUUAGCCCUCUGCCCAUGAGUGAGGAUCUCCGAAACAUUCAGCGACAGGCCUUUUCUGGAAUGAUGUGGUGCAAACAGUACUACAAUUUCAUCUGGGACCAAUGGAGCAAUGGUGAUCCAAAUGAGAUUCCUCCUCCUCCAGGCCGAAAGGGUAUUCGCAAUGAGCAGUGGCGCCACCUAUACAUUGAUGAUAUUUUGUCCAUGCCAGACUCGUGGGAAUACCCAUUUUUCGCUGCCUGGGAUACAGCCUUCCACUGUAUCCCGCUAGCGAUGAUCGAUCCUGACUUCGCAAAGAAGCAGCUCGAUCUCAUGACCCGCGAGUGGUACAUGCAUCCUAAUGGGCAACUGCCUGCUUAUGAGUGGAACUUUGGUGAUGUCAACCCACCUGUGCACGCAUGGGCUGUGUUCCGUACAUUCAAGAUUGAACGCAAGAUGUAUGGACGACAGGACCUGGAUUUCCUCGAGCGUGUCUUCCAGAAGCUGUUGUUGAACUUCACCUGGUGGGUCAACCGCAAGGACUCUGAAGGGAAGAACGUUUUUGAGGGUGGUUUCUUAGGCCUGGACAAUAUCGGUCUCUUCAACCGAUCUGAGCCUCUGCCCACAGGUGGUGUAUUAGAGCAGGCAGACAGCACAGGAUGGAUGGCAUUCUACUGUCUGUGUAUGCUGAACAUUGCUCUGGAGCUUGCCAAGCAUCGCCGCACUUACGAAGAUAUUGCUUCGAAGUUCUUCGAGCAUUUCAUCCUUAUUAGCGAUGCAAUGACAUUCCGAUCCGGCGAAGACAAGAUCCAAUCGCUAUGGAAUGAGGAAGACAACUUCUACUAUGAUGCCAUUUCCUACGGCGGCCCAUGGACCCAGCAACUCCCCAUCCGUUCCCUUGUCGGCUUGAUCCCACUCUACGGUGUUCUCACCCUUGAGCCAGAACUCAUCAACAAGUUCCCCUCAUUCAAACGACGACUGGAGUGGUUCGUCGAGAACAAGGCCGACGUAGCCGAGCGAAACAUCGCCAGUAUCAAGCGCCGUGGUAAGGACGACCGUCUGCUUCUGGCGCUGGUAAGCAAAGAUCGCCUAGAGAAGAUCUUGAAGCGAAUGCUCGAUGAGACCGAGUUCCUAGCCAAGCAUGGUAUCCGAUCCAUGUCCAAGUUCCACGAAGAGAAUCCCUACUCUAUGGACGUGAACGGACAAACCUUCGGCGUGAAAUACGUCCCCGGUGACUCCGAUAGCGCGCUCUUCGGCGGUAACAGCAACUGGCGUGGACCGAUCUGGCUUUGCGUCAACUUCCUCCUCGUGGAGUCUCUUCUCCGCUUCUACAUGUUCUAUGGCGAUUCAUUCCAGAUCGAGUGUCCCACUGGAUCGGGCGAUUACAUGCAUCUAGGACAUGUAGCGGAAGAGCUUCAACAUCGUAUGCAGCAUCUCUUUGCUCGUAACGAUGAGGGACGUCGUGCCUGUAACGGCUCCAACGAUCUUCUCGACUUCGAUGAGCACUGGAAGGAUUACAUGUGGUUCAAUGAAUUCUUCGACGGAGAUACAGGUCGGGGAUUGGGUACAUCGCAUCAAUGUGGAUGGACAGGUUUGAUUGCAAAGAUCAUCCACGAUACUGGAAUCAACUGCCGUCUCCCCCAAACUCCACGAUCCCCCUUCGCCGCCGCAUCCCACUACUUCGAUGAUAUCUUCUCUCGCUCCAGCCGAGGCCGUGGCGCCGGGUCAAGAAGACCAUCCGUGCGUCGAUCCUCUACAACGCGAUCCAUCGGAAACCGAAGCGACUUCAACUCCACAAUCGCCGGCGAUGUCACACCCGCCGCAUCGACAUUCCUAGAUGAUGACGAAAUCGGUAGUGGCCCGAUAAGUCGAAAUGACAGCACCGCCGCGCUAUCCACGAAUGGUGAUGGUGAUGAGCAUGUACACAAUUACGUUGAAAGCCAGCUCCAGCGUGUUCGCAGCUCUGCGUCAAUUGCGGCUUAUGAAGAUGAGCUUGAGACCCAGGCUGAGAAGGAGAAUGGGCACUAA